AUCUCCUACAAUAAGAGUGUUUCUGUAGGUAAGCAUUGUCGUAGAGUUACUCAUUGACAAGUGACUAUACAAUGCUUUGAGGAGAGAAAAAAACCCGACGAACAUUUUCCCUCAAUCAACAACAAACUUUUUCCUUCCUUCUUUAUUUUUUGAAUGGAUUUCAGUACCGAGAGGAUGAGCAGCCGAAGAUUUCCUACCUUUGAGAGAUUUGAUUGACAGCUUUACCUCUGUUGGUUGCCCUUCGUUCCGAUUCGUUAACUUUCUACUUAUCAAUCAGUUGACAUAAAAAUCAGAUGUCUGCUUACCUCUGUAACAUUACAACGAACGGCAAACAUGCAUCUCGGAACAAUAGCAGCGGCACUUCUUCUAGUGCUGUUAGUAGAAUUCAGUGCAGGACAGAGGGUGCAGAGUGUUUCUCUCUUUCCAUUUGUAGACCGUAACAUGCCUUUAAGGAGGGGAGCACGGAGAACACUGGUUGACAACGUGUCCCUCAAUUUCAACGGAAGACAACGAAAUCGCUUUCCUCGAAUCACUAACACUAUAACUCUAGAUCCCUGGUAUCCCUUUUCGUCUAGACAGUACGCUAUUCGUGAGGUGAAAAGACUCGAACGUAUCAUACAAGAAGCGAGGAAGAACAGACCUGUUUACGAUUUCGACGGACCAUUGCAAAACUUUCUUCCUCUACCAAUCGGAGAAAGAUUUAAACCAUCACCUUUUAGAGACCCCAGAGCCAACAGACCCCAACUUCCCGUCGGACCACUGUCACCGGAAAUCAGAUACGCAGGAGAUUUAAUCCGUGCUAAGGCAGCUGCAGGUUACUACGGGGAUAAACCCCUCUUUGAUUUUUAGUGUAGAUACUUAAUUCAGACUUUUCUACAUUUUGCAAUCCAUUUGUUGCAUAAUUUGUUUUUAUAUUUAAUGUUGUUGCAGUAAAUAUUCUGAUUUACAUAUAUA